AUCAGCAGUUUUGGUUAUAGUCUUGUAACUUGUUAUGUUUGUUUCGUGGAACAAACUAAAUAACAUGUAGUUUAACUUAUUCUGAGUAUGAAACGAACCCAAAUAGUACAUUAUAUAAGUCUUCACGGAAAUUACAAGUACCUUAAUUAAGCUAGCUAGAGAGGUACUACUACUCAAGCCAACCUCUUUUCUCUCUCUCUCUCUCUAUAUAUAUAUAUAUAUAUAGUAGUGUGAUUAAGUGCAAAAAUAGAGUCAUCGUCUAUUUCUUUUUGGUUGAUCCAAAAAGAAAGAAUUAUUACUCUAACUAUUUGUUCUUAUUGGAAAAAAGUGGAAAAAAAUAGCCAUCUAUUUUCUCUUGGUUUUUUUUUUUUUUUUUCCAUAGAAAGAAACUCUCUUACCUUAAUCGAUCAAGGGAAAGGUAAUUAAGUGAUCAAUUAAAGUUAAAAAUGAUGCAUUGUUCUCAACCACCAUCUAUGUCGUCCAUUUGUCGCCCUUGUGCAGUUUCAGUCCCAAAUCUCACCAGAUCAGUGCCGUUCAUCAACGAAAGGGGAGUAGGUCAUUGCACAAGUGUCUCCCGCAGUGUGAAUAUGGAGAGCCUCCGUAGUGGAUAUCUGUUUCCUGAGAUAACAAAGCGGGAGUUAGAGCACAGACAGAAAUACCCACAAGAAAAGUUGAUUAGGCUUGGUAUCGGUGAUACCACGGAGCCUAUACCAGAUAUCAUAACAUCGUCCAUGGCUGAGUAUGCUCUCGCUCUCUCAACCGUGAAGGGCUACAGUGGAUAUGGAGCCGAGCAAGGCAAGACGGAAUUAAGGGUGGCAAUCGCAGAAAAGUUAUACAGAAAUAUGGGAGUAAAAGGCAAUGAAGUUUUUGUAUCAGACGGCGCACAAUGUGACAUUUCUCGCCUUCAGAUGCUUUUUGGAUCUGAUGUCACGGUGGCUGUGCAAGAUCCGUCUUUUCCGGCAUAUAUCGAUUCAAGUGUGAUAUUUGGGCGAGGUGGGAAUUUUGAAGAGAAAACAGGGCAGUAUGGGAACAUUUCGUACAUGAAAUGCUGUCCAGAGAACAAUUUCUUCCCCAACCUAUCACCAUAUUACACACCCAAAACUGAUGUCAUUUUCUUUUGCUCCCCAAACAAUCCAACGGGUAACGCUGCGACACGUCAGCAGCUGAAACAACUUGUGGAAUUUGCAAAAACCAACGGUUCCAUCAUAAUAUACGACUCCUCGUAUGCUGCUUUUAUAUCCGACGACAGCCCCAGAUCCAUCUAUGAAAUUCCCGGGGCAAAAGAGGUUGCAAUAGAGGUUUCUUCAUUCUCGAAAUGUGCUGGUUUCACGGGUGUUCGGCUGGGUUGGACGAUUGUGCCAGAAGAGUUAAAGUACUCCAAUGGGUUUCCUGUCAUAAAGGAUUUUGAUCGAAUUAUGUGCACUUGCUUCAAUGGUGCUGCCAGUGUUUCUCAGGCUGGUGGUCUCGCAUGCCUUUCUCAAGAAGGUUACAAGGCAAUGAUGGAUGUGGUUAAGUACUACAAGGAAAAUGCAAAAAUAAUAGCUGAAACUAUGAGAUCACUUGGGAUGAAAGUGUACGGUGGAAAUAAUGCACCUUACAUUUGGGUACAUUUUCCAGGGCAGACUUCUUGGGAUGUUUUCACUGAAAUUCUUAACAAGACACACAUAAUGACCAUUCCAGGUACUGGAUUUGGUCCUGCUGGUCAAGGCUAUAUCAGACUCAGUGCUUUUGGCCAUAGACAAACCGUGCUUGAAGCCUCCCAAAGGCUAAGAAAUCUUUACAAUUAAAUACUAUACUAGUACUAGUCUAUAUACAUAAUAUUAUUCUUAUUGUCAUAACCACUACUCUGUGUGUAAGUGGUCCUGUACAUGGCUCAAUAAGAUAAGUUUCCCAUAUGCAAUUAAUGUAAUAAGAUUUUUCUAUUGAAAAAUUAAACUUCAUACUA